AUGACCCAGCUUACGUUACUUGGCAUUAUAAAUGUGAAAGAAGGAGAAGAGGAGGACCUAUGUGCCUCAAUUCAAGAGAUGAAGGUCCUUUCCCGCUUGCUUUUAUUUGUAGCUGAUGGAGAGGAAUUUCUUCGAGUUGAGGCAUUGCCUUCACCGCCUCCCUACCUUGAUAGACUUUAUUUGAGCGGCAAACUGGAAAAGGUGAUUCCAGACUUGAAGAAAAUUUACUACCUCAUAUUGAAGCAUUGCGCUCUCUACGUUUGCUUUGCCUUGAUAAUUCGUCUGUUAGGAAAGAGUUGUGUUUCAGUAGGGGCUUUGUAA